UACCCUAGCAAUCACUGCUACGACUCCUUAUUGUUUAUUACUGAUCAUUGACGUUAGGCCAUGAGAUGAGCUUGAGUUUGAUUGAAUUGAAAAAUUCCUGGCUUGUACCAGUCAAUAUUCUGAUAUUUGCAUUGCCCCCAGGCCCCACCUUCAGUAUUUUCCAGGAAAGGUUCUCUUCCACAAACUUUGAAAUUCACUCCUUGAUCCUCCUUUUUGGAGUCCAACCUUUUCAGAAAUUAUCUCACUUCAUCCAUCAAGGGUUCAAUCUCUCUGUGUUUCAUGAGUAUGCACUUUUCUCUCCUAUUCAUGAUUCUGGUGCUGGCCUUCCUCAUGGGUUGUGCUCUUUCACAAGCACAAGGCCUUAAUACCAGUUAUCAACCUUCUUUCCAAGACGACGACAAGGCUGAUUUCAUUCUAAAUAACUCCUACAUAGUUCUCAAUGCCAUCCAAGUAACACCUGAUGUUAGUAAUGGAGCUUUAAUCGUCAAUAUGUCCGGGCGAGCCUUAUACGGAAAGCAAUUCAAGCUGUGGAGCGAGAACAAAGGCAUCACCAGAGCUUCUUUUAACUCCACCUUUGUUAUCAAUAUCAGCCCUCAGACUGUUCCAGGAGGUGAAGGCUUGGCCUUUAUAAUAGCUGCAGAUCACAAUCUCCCUCAAAAUAGUGAAGGACAAUGGCUUGGGAUUGUAAAUGCUGAGACUAACGGAUCUGGUACUGCCAAUAUAGUUGCAGUAGAAUUCGACACGAGGAAGAGCUACACAGAAGACUUGGAUGAUAACCAUGUUGGGCUUGAUGUGAAUAGUAUUAAUUCAAUCAAGCAGGUCUCAUUGACUAACUUUGGUCUUAAUCUUUCUGCUGGUAAUGAUACCUUAGUGAAUGUUAUAUAUGAUGGCAAGAACAUGACUGUUUUUGUUUCUUUGAGAGACAAAGACGGAGUCGUGAGCAGAAGGAAUCAAGCAUUUUCUGAGUCCAUUGAUCUCUCUGCCUAUCUUCCACAGAAUGUUUUUGUGGGAUUUUCUGCUUCAACAAGCAGUGUCACUCAAUUGAAUUGUGUGAAAUCAUGGGUGUUUCAAGGAUCUGAUAUAGGUGAUGGAUCUAAUAAACUGUUGUGGGUCUAUAUCACAGCUCCACUGGUAACAAUCCUCUUGAUGAGUAUUGCUUUCUUGUUGUUGUGGAAGUUGAUAUAUAGGAAAAAGCAGUUGGUAGAUUCAUAUGACAACGUAGAAGAAGAAAUUAAAGGCUCAUCAAUGGCUCCGCUGAAGUUCCGGUUGAAAGAACUUAAAAGGGCAACUGGGAAUUUCAACCCCAAGAACAAGCUUGGGAAAGGUGGAUUUGGGACAGUCUAUAGAGGAACUCUGAAUAACAAGGAGGUAGCUGUCAAAAGAAUCUCCAAGAAAUCCACGCAAGGCAAGCAAGAAUUCAUUGCAGAAGUCAAAACAAUAGGCAACCUCAAUCACAAACAUCUUGUGAAGUUGAUUGGAUGGUGCUAUGAAAGCCGUGAAUUCCUCCUAGUGUAUGAAUUGAUGCCAAAUAGUAGCCUGGACAAAUACAUAUUCAGCGACAAAAAGAUCGGCGUAGAAGGAUCCAUGUCUGCAACAAUGAAGUGGGAGACAAGGGUAAGUGUGAUAUAUGGAGUUGCACAGGCAUUAGACUAUCUCCAUAACGGCUGCAAAAAUAGAGUUCUUCAUAGGGACAUAAAGGCCAGCAACAUAAUGUUGGAUUCAGAGUUCAAUGCCAAGCUUGGAGAUUUUGGUCUGGCUCGUACUAUCCUAAAGAGUGACCAAACGCACCAUUCAACAAAAGAGAUUGCAGGAACACCAGGCUAUAUGGCUCCAGAGAGUAUUCUUACAGGCAGAGCAACUGUUGAAACAGAUGUUUAUGCAUUUGGGGUUCUAGUCAUGGAAGUUGUUUGCGGAAGAAAACCCGGUAAUCAAAUCCUGGACAGCGAUUACAGCAGCGGCAUUGCAAAUUGGCUGUGGGAGCUUUAUGGAUAUGGGAGGAUUCUUGAUGGGGUUGAUCCCAAACUGGAAGAAGAAUAUCAAGUAGAAGAAGUGGAAUGUAUGCUUCUUCUGGGUUUGGGUUGUUGCCAUCCAAACCCACACCAUAGGCCCUCCAUGAAAACUGUUUUGCAAGUCCUUACAGGAGAAGCAGCUCCACCAAAUGUGCCCACAAAAAGGCCAAACUUUGUGUGGCCAGCCAUGCCUCCAUCUUUCAAUGCCUCUGACUGCUCUCUGGCUGGAGGACAACUGGCUCCAUUUUCGGAUAUGGAUGGGAGAUAAAUAGAUAAUAUGGUUUCAGGACUUAAAAUCAAGCAGAAUUAAGUUCAGAUAUAUAGCUACUAAAUUCAUCAAUGUUGUAAUUUUGUGUGAUUAGAGGUAGAGGAUUGUAUCUGGUUUGGUUCAUAUCAACAUAUGCAAGCUGAGUAUCAUGUUAGAAUCAAAGAUGUUCCGUUCUUAUGCCUGUAAAGAAUAGACUUCGAGUCUUUUUUCAAUUCUGUAGGAGGUGCAACAGAGUCCUUAUUGAGCAUCUACAUGUCUGUGAUUCUUCAAUACAGUAAUUCUUAUAACAUCAUCAUUUUUUUUUGUUCGUUGGAACGUUUUGCCCAAAUGGGUGUCCUUUGGUUCAGCAAAAAAAGAAGAAGGGAUGAUGGCAUUUGAAUAUCGAAGCUUUUUUCAACGAAAUAAUAUAAAAAUCUUUCAACUUCAGCUCACAUUUUCCUAAUGUUUGUUCUCCAUAAUCGUGUUCUAUAAAAAUGGUUGAUUUGGUCAGAUGAUGUCAAUUCGUAAGAGUUGUCCUUGGUUGGUUCUAAUUCGAGGAUGCGUGAUCAUCAAAUGUGUUUUCUUGAUUGAAUUGACAUUGUCAACAUGGAAGAUUAGAUAUAGUACAGAUCCACAUUGACUAUUUUCUUUUCCAUGGAGAAAACUUCUUAAGCCAUAUCAGCUGAUAAUAGUAAUACUACCUUCAACUAGUUGACUCCUGGUUGUUCUGUCUUUUCUCAGAGACUGGAAAGAUGUAUAGGUCUUCGAGCAGGCGAUGGGGUAGUGGAUGAGCUCACGCGAUGGCCGGCCCAUGGAGGAUCAACAGACGGGCCGGGCAGAUUCGGACGAAUCCUUAGCUACGGAAGCUGCAAUUGUUGAAGUGGAUGAGGAUUGUGUACGGCGCAAAGAGAGAGAGAGAAAAUUUGAAUUACACAUGACAUAGAAUCCUCAAGACAUUUCAGAUGCUGGCUUCACCAUCUGCGUUCGCGGCUUGUCAGUGGAGAAAACCUCAUCACAACACUUUCGUCUCAAUCUCCAUCUACUCUUUAUCAUAUUCUGGUUGUGGAACAAGAAGACCCAUCAACCCUUCUUUGCCCUUGCCCGCAAUUUCGACCCGUAGGACUCGCUGGUACAUGGCGACUCGAGCACAGUCAACCCUGUCCGAGACAAAGCCGGAUAAUACAUCUCCAGUUGCUGUCCGAGUUUCUGCAGACAUUCGUAAGAUCAAUUUCUGUCAAUGGUGUGGUGGUCCAACAAAGCAUGAAAUUCCUGAUGGGGAGGAGAAGAUGAGAGCUAUUUGCACUCUCUGUGGAAAAAUUACUUACGAAAAUCCAAAAAUGGUAUGGACUUAUGGUCCACAUUUUUUUGAACUUCCUAUUGAUUUGAAUUAGAAGAGGUCAAAAGCUCAUACUUUUAAAUAGAAGUUCAUUUGACAAUUGAAGCUAUUUGAGUGGAGACAGUUGAUCACGACUAUCAUAAUUUUUGUAACGUAAGAAGUUUUAUUUUGUGUUGGACAGUCUUUUCUGUUUAUUUUUAUAGUUUCUUAUCUUUAAAAAGGGUCUCUCGCUUCAAAUAAAAAAGUUUCUCAUUCAAAGAUAUUUGGAAUUAGCAAUCGUGCGUGUAAUAGUAUUGGAUUACUACUUUUCAUAGUGCUUUUUCCAUGAAAUAUUUCACACUUCUGAUGCUUUAGAAAUCUCUUUAUCUAUUUUCAAACUGAUACUUACAGGUUGUGGGAUGCCUCAUUGAAGUAUUGAGCAUGAUAACAAGGUCCUGCUUUGCAAGCAUAAUAUUGAACCAUCUUAUGGUCUUUGGUAUGUAUAUAUGUGCUUGAACUUCUUUAUAUCUGGAGGAGGACCCACGUAUUGUGGAUUUUCUUGUUAAAUUCAAUGCUAACCAGAAACAAUUUAGUAAUUUGGCGUUGUUGACACUGGACUCUUCCUGCUAGUUAUAUGGAAAAUGGGGAGUCAGCUGCAGAAGGGGCAAUGAGGGAAACCUGGGAGGAAGCACGUGCAGAAGUGGAAGUUCUGUCGCCCUUUGCUCAAUUGGACAUGCCUCUUAUUGGCCAAACUUACAUCAUUUUCUUAGCAAGGCUGAAGAAGCCGAACUUCUCACCAGGCCCAGAAUCAUUAGAAUGCCUUCUUUUUGCACUUGAGGGUAUACCUUUCUUUGGCAUUCUCAUCAAUGUCAGUGACCUUAAAUUUGCAUGUUGAGGAUUUGAAGACUGGAAGGUUGAAGUUUCACUAUGGUACCAUCAAUAAAAGUUUAUGAUAUAGAAAAACCCCACAGUGGAUAGCAGUAAUCGUCGACUUUGUUUGCUAAGAUGGAAAAGAUGAAGGAUUGACGGAGUUAAGGAGAGGGUUUACUCCAGUUCCCCAACAAAGUCCUAACAUAAAUACUUAAUGUUUCCGCUGCUCCCCACUCCUGAAUCGGCUAUUCCACUUUGGAGACUCACUCACUUCCUUCUCGUUUUGUCCCUUCUGUUAUUAAUCAAUCUUCUCAUCUGUAAAUGGUUUGCAGCAGCUAAAUGAAUGUAACUUCUAUGAUUGUGUGAAAAUGAUUAAAGUUGGUUUUGCUUAGAAAUUUAAGCUCUUUCAACACGGAAAGUAAGGUUCUUAGCAGCAAUGUUAUUGCAUACUAAAUCCGCGACAUAUUUUGGAUUAGCUUAUUAGUGUAAUUUGAUUCUCUUUAAAAAAUUGUCGGCAACCCGGUACAAGCCCUUCAGAUAUUCGUGCCUAUACCCUUGAUUACUAUUUUUUGCAGUCUUGACUCGAAAAGAUAACCAAUAUGCUGCACGCAGAGUGUGAUCCUUGAUAGCUGGGAUUGAUUUUUGUUUCGCCUAUUCUUUUUGUUUCCAUCGAUGGAGGUAGGGUUGAUCAAGUGGCGACUUCAGAAACGGCUUCUUCAAUAUGUUUACUCGGGGGGCCAUUUCUCAUAUUCUUCUUCUUGUUUUAUAUGCCAUCCCCUGUAUCUCUAUUUGUUAACCAAAUUGAAUAGAAAGAGAAUGUAAAGAAACCAUUUGUCA